ACUGCCGAUUACUCUUGACGAAAUGCGCAUGCGCUACCAACUCCGUUCGAGGAAGUGACGGGGAGACGAUUUCAGCAGUAUUUUGGUUAUUCCAUUUUUAGAAACUGUAAAUACAGCCUCAACGCUUCAAAAUGUCAGGCUUUGACAGCAACCCAUUCGCAGAUCCAGCAAACGAAAACCCGUUCCAGGAUCCAUCGGUCACCCAGGUUACCAACUCGACCAUGGAGUCUGUGGACCAGUUCAACCCCUUCCCUGCUCAUCCCACUGAAAGUAUGUCUGCUACCACCCCAGCCGCCACCUCUCUGUACCAGCCUGCAGUGCUGCAGCCCUCCACAGUGCCCAGCCCGCAGGCGACAGCGGCUGUAGCCCAGGCCACCCUGAUGAGGCAGCAAGAGGAGUUGGAGAGGAAAGCUGCUGAGCUGGACCGCAGGGAGCAGGAGCUGCAGACCAGGGCUCCAACAGGCAAGGAGAACAACUGGCCUCCUCUCCCACGAAGCUUUCCCAUGAAACCUUGCUUCUACCAGGACUUCUCUGAGGACAUCCCAGAGGAGCACCGCAGGAUCUGCAAGAUGAUCUACUACCUGUGGAUGUUCCACUGUGUCACCCUCUUCCUCAACCUUCUCGCCUGCCUGGCGCUCUUCACCACAGCAGCGACUGCUGGUACAGGCUUUGGCCUCUCCAUCCUCUGGCUGAUCAUCUUUGCACCCUGCUCCUUCCUCUGCUGGUACCGACCAGUGUACAAGGCCUUCAAAUCCGACAGCUCCGUCAGCUUCUUCUUCUUCUUCAUGGUCUUUUUCUUCCAAGUGGUGAUAUUCAUCAUCCAAGCGGUCGGCAUCCCCGCUUGGGGCAACAGCGGAUGGAUUACCGCGCUUGCCUCCUUCGGGAACCCUGCGGUUGGGGUCAUUAUGACGGUGGUGGCCGUCUUCUUCACCGUCUGUGCUGUUCUGUCCGUUAUCCUCCUCAAGAUGGUGCACAGCAAUUACCGCCGUACAGGAGCCAGCUUCCAGAAGGCCCAGCAGGAGUUCUCCCAGGGCGUGCUCACCAACAAGACCUUCCAGUCGGCCACUGCCUCGGCAGCCACCUCCGCCGCUCAGGGGGCUUUCCAGAGCGCCAACUAGCACCAGAGGGGCUGCACACAGGAUAGGCACCGAUGAAAAUGUUCAACUUUUUUUUUUUCCUAUGAAGUUUAUUUCCACUCCAUUAAUGCAGGCCUCAAGGGCACGGCUAUUACUCGUGCAGCGACUCUUCAUCUCAAACUUCAACUCAUUGUGCACCGUGCUGGUAGGAAAUUUAUAUCAUUUUUAAAUUACACUUGGGUAAAGGAGUGCUCCUUCUUGUGGACUGUACAAAUUGUGGGAUACGCUAGUCAGCUUCUCUCCAACCGAUCAUUCAUACCUCUCACCUUUUGGCAUUUUUCUUUUUUUAAAUAUUCAUGUUCACAUUCACCCUCUCCCAAAAAGCCAAUUCAAGUAUACAGUCAUUCUUUUGGCUUAUUUUUAUAUUCAAGAAACAUGGAAGACAUUGUUUUCCAUAAUGUGCACUUCAGGGUGAAACGCCAGGGGUGAAGUUAGCAGUUUGGUCUUUAAUUGUUUUGUUUGGUUGUGGCUUCUGUGUGCACUUUCUUAAAUUCUCUUAAGCUUGUCUUGACAUUUGGCACUUUUCUGAGGCUUGUUUGUGUGGCUUAAUGUGUGCCUGUGUUGGUAAGAAAAUGGGUGACAUAGGCAAAGCAUUUGCUGGACUAGCUAUGGACUUCUUUCAAUUCUGUAUUAUAACAAAUAAUGAAGCCUUUCGGUUCAGUUGUCAGUGUCUUCUCCUGUGUAGUCCUGGUUAGCUUUUAUCUUCUUAAAAAGGUUGUUUUCCUUUUUAAUUUCAACAAACAGAAAUGGAGGAACAGGUUCAAUCAAAGGGUUUGCUAUUGUAAAGAUUGUAUGUCACAAGUUGUCUUUUGCAUUCUAUGUGUGUAGACUACAGGCUGUUAAUAAACAGAAGACAAAAAAAAAAGUAGACAGAAGCUUUUGUGUAGCUUACAAGGGAUGACCGCACAUCUGAGUUGCUCAGAUAGUACAUUGCCUAAAUCAUAGCUAAUUGCAGUUUGUCUGAUUACAUUUUCAACUUUGUUAUAAAUAAAAAUGUGCCUAAAAACUUUUACCAGCUUGUUUACCUCUUAGAGGAACCAGCCAAGGGUGGGAUAGAACAAAUGGGUUGAAUAAAUAAAUUGAAAUAUAAAGCAUGCGUUACAUUCGAAACCAGCUUCUUUAGGGGUGGUCUUGUUCCAUUUAUGUUGAUGAACCACUAAUCUGUAAUAUAUAAAGUGUGUUGUUUUUUGAUCAGCCUGGGAAGAACUCAAAGCCAUAGCAUGGCAAAGUUGUACAUGAAGUUUCUAAUGAAAAGAUAAUGUAUUUAAAUUGCAUGAUUUGUUUCUUCUGAAGUGCAAUUAUGUAAAUUAUACCAGAACAAGGUGAAAUUUUCGCUAUUUCAGUCAUUGCCUUAUUUGGAUCAAUCAUUUUAUUAUUUUUGUUCUAUUGCUCAUAUACAGUCCCCUAGAAACAAUCAAUUAUUUGUGUACUAAAAUGUAUAUAUAGAUACUUCAUUCUUUGAAACAGACUUGCCGUUUGUGUAAUAGAUGGAAUUACUUCUUUGCUUUGGGAUUAAUGCCAUUAAGGGUUCAUUUUUCCAAUCUGAAAUGAAUGACCUAAAUUUAUUUCAAUGUUGAAUACAACUGUUAACUGAUUACAAAUAAAAGCUUUGACCAGAACGG